ACGCAUCAUCCGACAUUGAGGCGUACAUCAGGUCAUCAACGAUCUUCGCAGCUCAUCGCAGAUCUCGACGGUGCAUUCCGUCUCUUCAAGAUCACCGAGACCUUCGUCCUCAUAACCAAGAUGUAUGCAGAGUUUGAAAGUGUCAACUCUUCUAUGACGCGGGAGUCCAUCAUUGGAAAUGAAGUACCGUAUUCCGAUAACGAUAUUGUCAUCACGGGCAUAUCAGGUCGUUUUCCCGAGUCAUCUAAUAUCGAGGAGUUUAAAAAUAAUUUAAUAAAAGAAGUUGACAUGGUGACUGACGAUGAGCGCAGAUGGCCAAGGGGCUUGUACGGGCUACCAGCCAGAUGUGCCAAGAUAAAGGACCUCAGCCACUUUGAUGCUACUUUUUUUGGAAUACAUUCUAAACAGGCACAGACAAUGGACCCACAGCUUCGUUUAAUGUUAGAAUCAACCUAUGAAGCCAUAAUUGACGCUGGUAUCAAUCCCACGACCGUGAGAGGAUCGCGUACCGGUGUAUUCGUCGGUAUCUCUACCUCGGAAUCGGAUGAAUUUUGGAUGAGAGAUCCAGAAAUCAUAAAUGGAUACAAUCUGCUCGGCAGUUCCAGAUCCAUGUUCGCCAACAGAAUUUCUUAUGCAUUUGACUUUAAUGGACCUAGUUACGCAUUAGAUACGGCUUGUUCCUCCUCCUUGUAUGCCACACAUCAAGCUGUAAGCGCAAUACGUGCCGGCGAAUGCGAUGCUGCAAUCGUCGGUGGACUGAAUCUCGUGUUGAGACCAAAUUACUCACUGCAGUGUCUGAAAUUAAAUAUGCUGUCCCAAGAUGGCAAAUGCAAAACAUUUGACGUUUCGGCUAACGGUUACGUAAGGGCUGAUGCGGUGGUGGCAAUAUAUUUGCAGAAAGCAAAGGAUGCGCGUCGAGUAUACGCGACAGUAAUUCGAACAAAGACAAAUAUAGACGGCUACAAAUCCGAGGGUAUUACGUAUCCCAAUGGUGAAAAGCAGUAUGAAUUGAUGCGUGAAAUUUAUACCGAGGCUGGAAUUAAUCCCGUGGACGUGAGUUACGUAGAGGCUCACGGUACCGGUACUAAAGUAGGAGAUAGGGUGGAGGUAACUUCGAUCGACAAACUAUUCUGCAAAGACCGGAAGAUUCCCUUACUAAUAAGCUCGGUCAAAUCUAACAUGGGUCACUCGGAACCAGCCAGUGGAUUAUGCUCGAUCGCCAAGAUAUUAAUCGCGAUGGAAACAGGCGUGAUACCGGCCAAUUUGCACUUUAAUACACCGAAUCCAGACAUUCCUGCCUUAAAGGAAGGACGCAUUAGAGUGGUCGACAAGGCCACACCAUGGAACGGUGGUCUCGUGGGCAUCAAUUCGUUUGGCUUUGGCGGCGCAAACGCGCAUGUCAUUCUCAGUAGCAAUCCAAAAAGAAAAUCAAAACCGUCAUCGCCAUUGAACAUCACAGAAUUAUUGCCCAAGUUGGUUGCAGUAUCAGGUCGAACAAAAGAAGGUGUGCAUACUUUAUUAAAUAAAGCACAAGAGUAUUGUAAUGACGAUGAGUUUCUUUCGUUAUUACGAAUAAUUCACAAUAAUGAUAUUUCUGGCCACGAUAUUCGCGGCUACGAAAUACUUAACAUCAAUGGCACACGUGAAGUGAGUGAGAUAAUGAGCUCUAAAGAAAGGCGUCCAGUUUGGUUCAUAUUUUCCGGUAUGGGCACACAAUGGGCGGGCAUGGGACGUCAAUUGUUCGGCAUUGAAACUUUUCAACGUAGUUUGCAACGAUGCGCGGACGCGUUGGCACCCCAUGGCAUCGACCUCAUGAAUAUUAUCUUGAACGCAACUGACGAAAUAAUCGAAGAAGUAAUGAAUUCCUUUGUGACUAUCACGAGUAUGCAGGUCGCUCUUGUAGAUGUCCUAACGUCGAUAGGUAUAUCGCCGGAUGGUAUAGUCGGACACUCCACGGGAGAAUUAGCGUGUGCAUAUGCUGACGGUGCGUUUACAUUAGAGCAAACGGUCUUAGCGGCUUACUAUAGAGGUAAGGUGAUUGUGGACUCUAAGUUGGAAUCGGGCGCUAUGGCGGCAGUUGGUUUGAGUUGGGAGGAGGCCAGAAAAGUAUGUCCACCAAAUAUCUUUCCAGCUUGUCACAACGCCAAAGACUUGGUCACGAUUUCCGGUCCAAUUGAGUCUGUGCAAAAGUUUGCAGAAACGCUUAAAAGCAAAAAUAUCUUCGUCAAGAAGGUAAAAAGUUCCGGCUUUGCAUUUCACAGCAAAUACAUCGCCUCGGCCGGGCCAAAGCUACGUGAUUAUCUCGACAAAGUAAUCCCGAAUCCGAAACAAAGAUCAGCCAGAUGGAUUUCCAGUUCCAUCCCCGAGUCUGCAUGGGACAGUCCGCUCGCACAGACUAGCUCGUCUGCGUAUCACGUAAAUAAUUUACUCUCUCCUGUACUCUUCCAAGAAGCGAUGGCGCAUAUUCCAGAGAACGCGAUAACAAUCGAAAUUGCGCCGCACUGUUUGCUACAAACAAUUUUGCGAAGAUCGUUACCACCAACGGUAACCCAUAUUGGUCUCCACAAUCGGAAUCAUUCGAACAACCUGGCUUUUUUACUGUCUAAUGUGGGUAAGAUGUAUAAUGCUGGUGUAAAACUUGAUAUCUCAAAAUUAUAUCCGCCGAUAAGUUUUCCGGUCAGUAGAGGAACACCGAUGAUCGGGCCUCUAAUCAAGUGGGACCAUUCCACCGCUUGGGAUGUGCCUAAUUUCAAUCAGACAUCAAGCCACUUGGGAAAGCAUGUAGUCGAAAUAAAUAUAUCAAAAGAAACAGAUGCAUAUCUAGCUGGACAUCAGAUAGAUGGACGAGUAUAUUUUCCAGUUUCUGGCUAUAUUCUGUUAGUAUGGAAAAUUUUGGCGGAACAACGUGGUAUCGAUUUUGAAAAAUUAUCGGUGGUAUUCGAGAACGUGCGCUUUCAGCGAGCCACACUUCUGCCGAAAGAGACAACGGUGAAAUUCUCGAUAACUAUUUUUGAAGGAACGGGCGACUUUGAAAUCUGUGAGGGCGCUACAAUCAUCGUCAGUGGAAACGUCCGCGUGUCCGAAACUAUCGCGAAAGAUCAACUGGAGCUGCUGCCAACACCAGUAACGCCUACCGAUGAGGAGAUUUUGCCAUUAACCUCCAAAGAUAUUUAUAAGGAAUUUAGAUUGCGCGGGUGCGAAUAUCGCGAUAUCUUUCAAGGAAUCAAAUCUUGCGAUAAUUACGUCAUUACCGGUCAAUUGUACUGGUUCAAUCAGUGGAUUCCGUACAUAGAUGCUAUGCUUCAGUUUGGCAUUAUGUCUGCUAACCAUAGGCUAAUGUAUGUACCAAAGCGUAUCCAAUACGCCGCGAUCAAUCCCAUUUUUCAUAAACGAUUGGUGGAUGAAUUACCAGAAGAUGGUGGAUUACCGGUGUAUCACUAUAAGGACGUCGAAAUUAUUAAAUCGGGUGGAAUCGAGCUCAGAGGGCUAAAACUUUCUUUGGCACGUCGACGACGGCAAACUCAAGCUGAUCUUAAGUAUGAACGAUACACUUUUGUGCCUUAUAAAAAUUCGCAUAAUAUAGACCAUCCAAAGGGAGGAAAAAUAUACGCACUUACUGUCCUUUUGCAAAUUAUGUGUGAAAACAUGAUGGCAUUGAAACUAAAAACCGUGGAAGUUGCAGGCAAACGAGUUGUAAAAAAUUUUUUGGCGCCGAUUAUAUUCGAUAUUUUCAAUAAUGACCUGAUAUCGCCUAUCAUUGAUUUACAAGUAAUUGCAACUUCUAUCGACAAUUACAUACAGGAUUUAAAUGAAAUUAACGUUAAUGCUAACAUCGCAGUGCGAGACGUAGAAAAGGUACCUCCUGCUCGAGAUGUGCACUUUGUCAUAGCGGCGGAUGUUCUGUCGAAUAAGUCUUAUGUCAUUCUCAAAAAUUUGGUUGCUGCUUUAAAACCUGGUUGUUUCAUUCUUCUGGAAGAAAAUGCUGUGCACUUGGAUUUGAAGACUGCGUUAAAAGAAAAUGAUCUAUCAUUGGCUGGGAAACAAACCGAUCCAGUAGGAAAAACUUACUUGUUGCUGAAGAAACGGGAAGAAAAGAGACAACCGGUGGUAAUACAAAUCACAGACAAAAAUCUCUCGUGGCUGGAGGAUGUAAAAACAGCGUUGAAGAAAUCUGAUAGCAAAAAUCAAGAAGUGCUCUUUGUAUCCCAGGACGAAGAAACGCUUGGCUUAGUCGGACUCAUGACCUGCAUACGACGCGAAACAGGCAAUACAAAUGCACGAUACGUUUUUAUCCAGGACAAGAAUGCUCCCAAGUUUGACUUAACCGAGAAGUUUUACGCAGAACAGUUAAACAAAGGAUUGACUGCCAAUGUGCUGAAAGGAGGACAAUGGGGCAGUUAUCGACACGUACCUUUGGAUGUAUCCUGUUUACAGGUGCAUCAUGUAUAUGCCAAUACGUUGAAAAUAGGUGACCUCAGCAGCUUGAAAUGGAUUAAAAGCCCAUUAAGUUUCUACCGCAAUUUUCUUAAUAAGAAACUUUGUUACGUAUACUAUGCUCCAAUAAACGUCAGAGAUAUUAUGUUGGCGAGUGACAAACUACCACCAGACGUCUUGCCACGAAAUGUGGCUACGAAAGAGUGCGUAUUGGGACAUGAAUUCUCCGGAAGAGACGCUGAAGGUCGUCGCGUGAUGGGCAUAGUUGAAGCUAAAGGAAUAGCGACCACUGUAGUAGCGGAUCUUGAUUUUCUUUGGGAUGUACCUGACAGAUGGACUUUGAAAGAAGCCGCAACUAUACCUAUUGCUUACGCUACUAGUUACUAUGCUCUAUUUAUACGGGGUCGAUUGAAAGCAGGCGAAAGCGUAUUAAUCCAUGCUGCUAAUUGCGGUGUCGGUGAAGCAGCGAUUGCCAUUGCGUUGCAUGCUGGUUGUAUAGUCUUCACUACUGUCGAUUCGCUGGAGAAGAGAGAAUAUCUCAAGAAAAUCUUCCCGCAAUUGAACGACAGACACAUCGGCAAUUCUAGAGAUACGAGUUUCGAACAAUUUAUACGUGUUGAGACUCGAGGACGUGGAGUCGACGUCGUACUGAAUUCACUAGGAGAGGAAAAGUUGCAAGCUAGCAUUCGGUGUCUCGCAUAUUAUGGCCGUUUUCUAGAAGCCGGCAAGUUUAAUUUGUCAAAUGACAAUCGUAUAGAAAUGUCAAUGUUUUCGAACAAUACGUCUUUCCAUGAUAUAUUAUUGGAUACAUUAUUUGGAGAAAACGUGGGAGAAAAGGACAGGGCAAUAAAAAAGAAACUAGUAAAACUUGUUUCAGAGGGUAUCAAGAAUGGCGCGGUACGUCCGCUCCAAUCAACUGUUUUUUUAGAACAACAACUCGAGCAGGGAUUUAGAUUCAAAGUAACGGGCAAUUAUUUCGGCAAAGUAUUACUGAAAAUCCGUGAUGAGGAACCGAGGAAGCAAAUCCUACCAACGCCAAAGGCAGUAGCAGCAAUUCCGCGUACUUACAUGAAUCCAGAGAAAUCAUACAUCUUGGUCGGCGGUCUCGGCGGAUUUGGUCUAGAACUGGCCGACUGGAUGAUUAGCCGUGGUGCUAAAUUCAUCGUUCUCGUAUCACGCUCAGGCAUACGCACCGGUUAUCAGGCAUUUUGUGUGCGCCGCUGGCGCGAAAACGGCGUAAAAAUCAUUAUUUUCACAGAAGAUGUUACGACAACAUCAGGUGCCCAAUGCUUGAUCCAAGAAAGUAACCGGUUGGCUCCGGUAGGUGGUGUAUUUAAUCUGGCAGUCGUCAUACGUGAUGCCCUGAUCGAAAACCUGGAAGAAGCCGAUUUCAAAGCGGUUAUUUCACCAAAAGUCAAUAUUACAAGAAAUUUAGACGCGAUAUCGAGGAAGCUCUGCCUAUCGCUAGAUUAUUUUGUGGUGUUUUCGUCUUGGUCAAGCGGUCGCGGUAGUAUUGGUCAAACCAACUAUGCUUUUGCAAACUCGACAAUGGAGAGAAUGAUGGAAGAGAGGCAGUCUAAUGGUUUACCUGGUCUCGCCAUUCAAUGGGGUGCCAUCAGAGAUGUUGGCUUAGUCAUGGAAAUGAUGGGAGGUAAUGACGUCGAGGUGAGCGGAACUAUACCACAACACAUAUCGAGUUGUCUCGCAACGAUGGAUAUAUUCCUUCAAGAACCGCAUCCAGUUCUUGCUUCUACGGUGUUCGCUAAAAAGUAUAAGUCUGACGAUGGCAACAAAGCUGAUCUUGUCGCAACCGUUGCUAAUGUCGUAGGUAUUAAAGACAUUGAUUCGAUUAAUCCCAAUAUUACCUUAGGCGACUUAGGUCUGGAUUCUCUAAUGGACAUGGAGAUAAAGCAAACUCUUGAGAAGAAUUAUGACAUUGUAUUAUCGACGCAAGAAAUCCGUUCCUUAACUAUCAGCAAACUGCGAAAAAUAUCUUCGACGGAUUUCGAGUAAGCUGUUUUGCUUGAUUAAAAAAGAUAUAGAAACUAAAUAUUAAGUAUAUUUAAGUAUAAAUCUAUACAUUAUAUUAUAAAAACAUACAAUUUAAAUAGUUUAUUUUGGCAAAUAUUUAAUCCAAAAUUUAAGCGUGGUAGAAAUAUGUUAGAAAUUUAUAAUUUUUCAACAAAUCAAUGAAAUUUAAUAAAUUAUUAUUGGAAAAUAAAGUUUAAUGUUCACAUUUUAAUAAAAAAAGUAGCAACAAAUUUUUUUAUUUUUUAAGUUUGUUACAUGAAGUCUUACAAAUUUGUAAGAAGAUGCGUUUGUAAUAAAAAAUUAAUUUUUGAUUU